CACUGAACCAAACAUCGAGCGAGAAGUCUCUGCAUAACUAGAGGAGGUAAAUCAUCUUGCGUCUUACAGGACGGUGGAUCCCACCAUUAAGGACUAUUGAAAAGUGACCUGAAUGGAAACUACGACGCGACUUUAUUGGCCCCUUGACGACGCCACCAAGCUUAAUCUCAACCACGGAGCAGUUGAAUGAGCCAGAGGUUGAAUCAAGGCCUCGUUAUAGUUCAUCUGGUGCCUUAUAUCGCGUCUAACGCGUAGGAUCGUUGGCCAAGCAUUGGGACUUCUCAACAUACAUGUAAUGUACAGGCGCAGGUCACAACCCCAGGAAGCCAUCUAUUCCAAUAGAGGCUGUAACCCGGCUAAAGAAAGCAGUCCCCCACUCGCGUAUGCUCUCUGUUCACUGGAAAGUUGAUCCCCGUUUACGGCGAAGCAACACGCUGGGGAACGCACUUGGCAUCGGUGACGACACUCGGCUAUGCAGAUGUAUCCAAACAGGAGAUGAAUGUCAAGGUGACAGCAAAGGAAUGAGCAAGGCCGGGGCACAGCACGGCGAUGACCGAGGGAAACCCCAUGCUGUCGCGCUAAUGUCAUGCCAUCCUAACCGCUCCAAGGUGUCCGUACUCCAGGCCAGGAACUGUCCCAAGAAUCAGCUCCCAGAUCCACCCAACAGAAUCCGCAUUCCUCGCACCAUCGCGCCACUUGAGGGGGAUCGCAAUGAUUAUGUACGAAGAGUGCCUCGAUGGGAUCCAUGGGUCCUGAAAUCGCACAGACACUUGAACGAAGCCCAUGUCGUAUCCGGCGUUUAUAUUAGAGCAUCGGAUCAUGAGAAUGGGCUGCAACAGAGGAUGACCUGCAUUGGACGCCAGACCAUGAGAGCCUCGGCCUGUGUUACAAGAAGGUUGGUUAGUUUGACAUGGGGGAUAUGAGAACGGUGCUUUUUGUCGUGAAUGGUGAGAGUGGGGUGAAAUCCUAAUGAACUGGGGUCAGUGACAUCGGACAAGAGGAGCGCUUAUCGUUGAGGGGAGGUAGUGGUCCGUAGACCUAAGAGAUGUGUUGUCUGUAGACCUUAAAAAUGGAAGAGGAAGGGUAAGGAGUGCGCAUACUUGGUUGGGGUCAGCGACAUCGGAUAUAUAAUAAAAGCGCUUAUCGUUGAGGGGAGGUAGUGGUGCGUAACGAAUGGAAGGAGAUGUGGU